AUGGCAGAAGGUACGGGUCUCAUGUUUGAUGUCGUGUACGACCUUUUUGAUGAUCUCCUGCUCGAGUUCCAUCGAUGGGGUGACUUUCCCGUCGAUGUCAAGCUUUACAUCUUGAAAUACCUCACAUUUCCAACACUGAGACGCAUCAUGUUUCUGAAUAAGGAAUGCUACGACUUGGUACGCAAGAUAAAACCGAAGGUCGACCUGCAUCUUGAAGAUGUGGCGUACUCAGCUUCCAAGAAUCAGCGUAAACUCGCAAAAAAUCACGAUGGUGUGAAGUUACACAUAUAUUGGCGCGAUCCUGGAGCAAGUCUGAAAUUUGUACAUGAUUAUCCACUGAUAUUUGUAAAAGACAAUGAGGAAGGAUGCUGUGUGCAGAGACUAAUGUCUAAAAAAGGAAAGUUUUGCAAGCGACCAGGUAUAAAAUACAGCUCAAACACCAUUACUGCAGCAACGAAAGCUAUAUUCUGGCUUUCCAGAGUUUUGGAUAUUCAAGCAACGACCAUUUCAAUACGUUCACCAAAUGCGGACUUACAGGCUGUUCUAGCAGAGCAAUCGUCUUCGCAGAAAAUAGCUAGGGAAAAUUUUACGAUGUGUACUAACAACGAACCCUUGAUCAUCGCUGAAUUUCUGAGAUUUUUGAAACCUGGAUGCGGAGUGUCAGUCGUCAUGGGAAGUGGAACAACGGAACUCUUUCGUGGUUCUGAAUUGUUUGACCAUGAAAUUGUUCGAUGCGCCCAAAAAAUCUCAAUUGACCAGAAGGUAGCGAUGACAGACAAUCAGCUUGUUCGCCUUGCAGCAGAAGAGAUUUCCAUCAGUGCACCUGACAUAACAUCUGAAGUCAUCAAUAAGCUUGUAUUGGAAUGGCUGGAAGGAAAACGCAAGAUCAGUUCCAUACAGCUGCACGAGUUGCAAACUUUGGACUUAGAAAUCAUUCUGCAAAAUGUCGAUUCGACUGCGACUAUGCUUUGGAAGGACUAUGUAAAAUUGGCAUCCUACCAAGGGACGUGGAAUUUUGAAGAUGCGCCCACUUCAGUCGUCAGAGGACCUCAAGGCUUUCUCGCAGUACGGAUAGAUACGGAUACGAACACUUGCAUGCUAGUUGAUGGCUAUUCGAUCUCAUGAAAGAAAUGACUUGAUAUAUGAUUCUAUUGCAGAGCACCUCUCACGUUUUAUGAAACACUAUAGAUGUGCUGUGCAUACAGAUGAAGUGGAAG